CAAUUGGGUGCGAAUUAAUGGGUCACGGUUUCGUCAUUGUAAGUAGUAAAAGCAAACAAGAAAAAGAUGCCCUUGCAUAUGCAAGAGCAAGGAAAUAGAAGAUCGAGGUCCAAGUUGAACAUGUCUGCACGGACCAAGAGCGUUUCCAGUAGCGGUAAUGGAGGAGGAAGGAUAAUGGUGCUAGUCUCGCAGAUGGUGCUCCGGGCGGUAUUAUUAGGCAACCCUGAUGCGCACGCUUUCCAUUUUUCAUGCUGCAGCUUCGGCUACAGAAAGAGCGAGACUUCCCUUGCGUCUGCAGGCCACAAUUUCUGUCAGAGGGACUGGCGAAAGACGGUUGCUACGAGGACGAACAGUAACAGUAACAGGCUUCGAGCUUGUAUGACGCCAGCCCUACCUAUCGGGAUUGCAGCGGGCGCAUUGGGACGCGCGGCGGCGUUCUUGCAACUUGCGGGCAGGAGGCGGCGCCUUGAUGCUGGACUUCUUGAAGCGCAUCGCGAGAGGUGGCUCAGUGGCAUGCGGCCACUUUUGGCCGCGCUGCUGUUUGUUGUGCCGGCGGUGAGGCGCCGACGCGCGGAAGCGGGGCGGGCUGCGCCUGGCGCAGCGGUUGGGUGCGGUGGUACUACAUAAACUUUGCGCCGUAUCGCUACCCUUAUUUGCCAAAUUAGCUAGAAGGAAAGGGCCAAAGACCCGAGACCAAGAGGCGCGCAUUUGUAUGAUGCGCAUCUAUAAUUUCUAUAACUAGUGUGUGAAAAUUAUAACUAAAGACGCAAACUGAAACUUUUAGCUUCACUUGCUCGGCACCUUCAGGCCCAGUGUUGAUCCUGAUCGGCCCGAGCCCUAUCACGCAGAUGCGGGCAUCACCCCGAUGAAAUGUAGAUGCAAAAUGAGAUCGCGGCCACCAGAAGUACCAGAAGCAUAGGGCCUAGGAUAGAUCUAGUUAGGCAAGCAAAAGGAAGAGCAUGGCCUGUGCAAGCAGUGCUACUCUGAAUGCUGAAUCACUAUGGGCCAUCAGAUGACAAAUGCAGAUUGUAGAAGAGGGGGCACUUGCACUUGCUGCACAAAGUAGCUGCUGGAGCUGCGGCGCAAACACGUAGGUCAGUGGGGGCUUACUUGUGUAUGCCUGCUGUGCUUUAGGUGCAUGCUUUUCCUUUUUCGAUUUCCCAACCAGCCUCAGCAGACCUAUGAACCGACAGCGACGCUCACAUAGCAGAUGCCACCUGCUUUAGAUGACCUUAGGCUUACGCACAGCAUGCCAGCUUCUGUUUUUUUGUAAAAUGCAAGCAUUUCGCUUUGUAAUAUUCCUCAUAUGAUAUUCUGCUUUUUUGUAAAAAGAAAGCAAUUUUUUUUUUUUGUAAAUUACCGACACGCACACGACAACAGCAUGGACAUGGAAGCGGCGGGCUAUUGCUUACCUUUCUCGGUGUAGCUCCGCAAAUUUUUCAGCUCCAGAGCCUGAGCGCCGGCAGAAAGCUGCCCGCGUUUGUUUGCGGCAAAGGCGGAAAAGCCUAGCAGGCGCGCGCCUCCGUCCGGAGCCGCGCCGCCCUGGCCGCGUGGGCUGCUGGCGGUUUUUGCCGUUGGUGGCUCGCAGGCUCUGGGCGGAAACUUCUCCGACAGCUUGCGGAGAUUUCUCCGAAAUCUUGCGGCAACUUCUCCGAAAGCUUGCGGCGACUUCUGCGGCGCCUUGCGGCAGCUUCCCCGGCAACUUGCAGCCGGCCCCCCGACGCGUCGCGGCGCGUUCCCCGGCAAGCCUUGGCGAUUUCUCCGUGCCCCUGGCAAUUUCUCCGGACCUGCGGCAGCUUCUCCGGCCUUGCGGAAACUCCCCCGGCCCCCCGCGCGCGUCCUUCCCCGGCCGGCGGCGGUCCCUUCGAAGCCUCGCGGAGGUUGUUCCGACUGCUUGCGGCAGCUUCUUCGACAGUGCGCGGC